CUAAAAUCAGUUGACACGAAAACACGAGUAAAUAUUUAAAGAUUGCGAAAAUGCGCCGUAAAUUACCUAAAACUCAGUGAACUGUGUCAACCCCGGCAUUGUGCGCGUGUUCGUCACGAAGCUGUUGUUACAGCUCCAAAUUGAUGUAACUUCAUUGUGAAUAUGUAAAUCUCCAAUUUGAACAGUCGUGAUUUCCCUGAUGACCAUUUUUUCGGCCCAAACAAACGCAUAAAUAUUCAAAGCGUGAUCAUUGAAAGUUUCAGUUGUGGAAACACGCUUCAGCAAUUAACAAUCAGAGACAUAACGAUGCUGUGAUCCAACCAAUAAUGUUACUCGUUCCACUGAUCCUGUUUCUUCAAAUCGCGGACCAAGCAAACUCACAAACACAAAAAGAAAAUACUAAUCCUUGUGGACAACUAUACCUAACCCAAUCACCAAACAAAAAAAAGAACAUCCAACUGAACUGGAACUUCAACUGUGAUGACCCUCCUGACACGAUUUUGCUUACUUUGAAUGACAUAAGGACCAACCCCAACGCCCAAGUCCUUUACACUAUUCUUCCCAGAUCGGUUUUCAGAGGGUACCACGAGACGCCCUUCACCCUCAAAGAUGCCCCUUUUCCUGGAAACUGGACCGAAGAUAACUCAAACCCGGAUUUAAACGCUGGGUGUUUCGACUAUUACAUAGCGAGUGCUAAAGGUGAUAAAAUAAUUCACUCUCAAUGUCUUUCGAUUCAGCCGACGUGGAUGUCAAACUUCGGGGACUUACGAAUCGGGGACUUAAUGAUACCAGGGACUCACAAUUCAGGUGCUUGGAAAGGCGCACCUCUACUAAUCCGGAACUAUGUCUUAAACCAGGACAAGAGUAUAUGGCAACAGCUGGUCUAUGGUAUUCGAUAUUUUGACAUACGAGUGGGACGCUAUGGCAACACAUCAGACGGUUCUAGAUUGUACAUCAACCACGCUUUCAUCAAGUGCACCGAACUCCUACCAGAACUCCAAAGCGCGGCCACCUUCAUCAGAAAAUCACCCAAAGAAGUGAUCAUUUUGGACUUCCACAGAUUUCCUUACCCCAAUGAUUUUAAAAUACAAUAUCACAAUGAAGUGGUAAGGAUGAUACAGAGCGUUUUUGGGGACUUGAUAUACCCGUUCUAUAGAAUGACGCACACAAGAGGGCCUAAAUUGAAGGAAUUUUGGUUGACUAAGCAGCGCGUCGUAAUAGCACACAGAAAUAAAGAAAUGAGUAGAGUGGCUACUUUUCUCUGGCCUUCUGUGGCCAGAGACUGGGGGGAUGUUCAGAAAGUUCAAGAUCUUGAAACGUAUGUCAAGUACGUGAGUGAGUCGGCGGCUCCGGGGAAUCCCAUGAGGGUUUUGAUGGCCGAACUGACGCCGAGUUACGUUUCGGUUUUGAAACACGUGACCCGGAAUUUGAAGGAUCUGGCUGUUAUGGUGAACAGGGAGCUCUCUGAUUGGGUGCGACAAAACAACAGGUCGGCUAAUUUGAAUAUAGUGGCGACUGAUUUUUUUACGGGUAAUGAUAUAAUAAAUGUGGCAAUCGAGAGUAAUUUUAAAAGGUUGACUAAUUUUUAUACGUGAUUUUGUGUGGUUUUACAGGUAGUUGAGUUAUUGUAAA